AUGAAAUAAUAUUGGCUAUUAUUAUCUUAUAUAAUUCUGAGUGAUUAAGAGAUUAACAUAGGUUUCAGUAGAGUGAUUUACGAAAUAGUGUCAUAUCAAAAGAAUGAAUAUUAUUGUGUUGAUGGUUUUGGUAAGGAAGGAGCGAAAAGUUUGGUCAUUCUCCCUCCGAUUAUGAGAAAGAAUCAAUCCUUCAAUGGAGUCAAACAUGCAGUGUUGAUUUUACCAAACAAUUUCGAUUGUUCAAUAUUUAGUUAAGAGAGCAAUUUAUAGGAUACUAUUUAAGAGUUGAAGUCCUAUAAUUCACCGAAAUAACUUACUAUUCCUCAAGAGAUUAAGGUUAUUGAGGAGACUAAGAGAAGUAGUUUAUAAUAUAGUGCAAGAGAGAACACAUUUUAAAGCCAAGGAUCUGAAAAAUUUGAUACUUUUGAGGAAUGCAGAAUUAAACCAUAACAAAAGUAACCAUUAAAAUCAAUGAAGGAAACUCUUAAUAAAUUAAACUAAUAUAAUAAUAGCAGCAAUAAUUAAUCAUUCAAAGAGAUUUCAAAACUGCUUAAGCAAGACUCGAAAGACAAUAGCAAAUUUAGUUAGUUAAACUAUAUUUAAAAUAAGAUUAGCGAUAAAAAUUGGAGUAGGAUUCUAGCUAAUAAAAGAAACAAAGAAAACAAUCAGCAUCUCAAUCAAUCUUAAUAACAAACACCUUAAUUAACUAUACAAUAAUUUAUAAAGAAGAUUAAGAUAGAUUUCUCUCGUCCUCUGAAGAGUCGUCAUGAAGAAUCAAAGUUCAUUAAGUCACAAUAGGAUAGUUUCAGAUAGAGAGCACAGUCGAAUGAUGGAAAAUUUGUUAAAUAUUAUAAUGAUUCCUUUAAUUAGAAGUUUAAUAAUUGA